GUUGGGUUUAUUGAACUUCCAACUUCAAUUUGGAAUUCAUGUCAGGACCACCCUCAUCCAUGUUUGCCUUUACCUUCUUAUGCUCUCUUAAUCAUCACUAGCCUUGUUAAUGUUGCUCAUGCCCAGAAUCAAACAAAAGCUGCUGCAGAUCCUAAUGAAGUGAGAGCUUUAAACUCAAUCUUUCAAGAAUGGAAGAUAUCACCAAUCCCGGGUCAAUGGAAUAUAAGCGGGGAGCCAUGCAGUGGUGCUGCAAUCGACAACACCAGCUUUACAGACACGGAUUACAACCCUUUUAUCAAAUGUAAAUGUUCAUACAAAAAUGGCACCGUUUGCCAUAUCCUUGAACUGAAGGUUUUUGGAUCGGACGUUGAUGGUGAGCUGCCAGACGAGCUAUGGACUUUGACUUUCCUCACCAAUGUGGAUCUAGGCCUAAAUUACUUAACUGGUCCCAUCCCUGCAUCCAUUGGCAACUUAACUGGAUUGCAAUACCUGAACUUUGGCAUUAACAGAUUAUCAGGAAAGCUUCCAAAGGAACUUGGGAAGCUUACUAAUCUAUUAUCACUGGCAUUUGGGUUUAACAACUUCUCUGGUCCUCUGCCAUCUGAGCUUGGGAAUUUAACCAAAUUACAACAAUUGUAUGCUGAUAGUUCUGGAGUCAGUGGCGAGGUCCCGCCAACAUUUGCUAAUCUAAAGAACCUGAAUGUAAUGCUGGGAUCAAACACUGGGCUCACUGGUCGGAUACCUAGCUUCAUAGGGAAUUGGUCAAAUCUUCAAACCUUGAGGCUUCAAGGAAACUCUUUUGAAGGCCCUAUACCAUCGUCAUUUUCCAAUUUAACUUCUUUGACGGACUUGAGAAUAGGUGAUUUAUCUAAUGGUAGCUCUUCACUGGCAUUCAUUAAGGAAAUGAAGUCUCUAAGCAUCUUGAUUCUAAGGAAUAACAACAUUUCUGACUCAAUUCCAGUUACCAUUGGAGAAUACCAAUCCUUAUGGCAGCUGGAUUUGAGCUUCAACAGCAUAACUGGACAGAUUCCAGACUCGCUUUUCAGCAUGAAUUCGCUCUCUCACCUGUUUCUUGGAAACAAUAAAUUAAAUGGUACCCUGCCAGCAUCAAAUUGUUCGACUCUUCACAAUAUAGAUUUGUCCUACAAUAAUUUAGUUGGGAGCUUUCCUUCUUGGAUCAACGAAGAAAAUCUUCAACUCAAUAUAGUUGUCAACAACUUCACUAUCGGAAGUUCAAACAGCAGUGGUUUGCCUUCAGGUUUGAACUGUCUUCAGCGGAACUUCCCUUGCAAUCGAGGGUCUGGAAGUGGAAUCUAUUAUAAUUUUUCAAUCAAGUGUGGUGGUCCGCAGAUCACUUCUUCUGGGAUUGUUUAUGAUAGGGAUAAUGAGACACUUGGUCCAGCUACAUAUUAUGUGACUGACACAAAGAGGUGGGCAGUUAGCAAUGUUGGAUAUUUUCUUGAGAGCAACAAUCCUCAGUAUGAAAGUUCUACAUCUUCUCACAUUACAAAUACUUCAGAUGUAAGGCUGUUCCAGACAGCACGAAAUUCUGCUUCUUCAUUAAGAUACUAUGGCUUGGGGUUGGAGAAUGGCAAUUACACUGUGAUUCUCCAGUUUUCAGAGACAGCUUUCCAAGGUUCAUUUAAGUGGAACACUCUCGGGAUACGCCUCUUUGAUAUUUAUAUCCAGGGGAAUCGUGUUUCGAAGGAUUUUAACAUAGAAAAGGAGGCAGGUGGCGUCACAUUUAGAGCUGUCCAGAAGGAAUUUACAGCUCAGGUAUCUGAAAAUUAUCUUGAAAUCCAUCUUUUUUGGGCUGGGAAGGGGACUUGCUGCGUACCUUCUCGAGGUACUUAUGGACCUUCUAUUUCAGCUAUCAGAGUAACUCCAGAUUUCAUACCUACUGUCAGUAACAGCCUUCCAACCAGAAAGAAGAAUAGGACUGGUCUGAUUGUGGGGAUAAUUGUUGGUGCACUUGUAAGCUUUCUUACCAUUUUUGCAGUAUUGUGCUUUUUUUGCAGGAAAAAAGGAGCUCACACCAAGGAAGAUGAAGAUUUCCUUGGGAUAGAUGCUAGACCAUACACUUUCAGUUACAGCGAACUAAGGACUGCUACAGAUGACUUUAGUCCUUCUAAUAAGCUUGGAGAAGGGGGAUUUGGACCUGUGUAUAAGGGAACACUUAUUGAUGGCAGAGUAAUUGCUGUGAAGCAGCUUUCAGUAGCAUCUCAGCAAGGAAACACCCAAUUUGUAACUGAGAUUGCUACUAUAUCUUCUGUACAACACCGUAAUCUUGUGAAGCUUUAUGGAUGCUCUACAGAAGGAGAUAAACGACUUCUUGUUUAUGAGUAUCUGGAAAACGGGAGUCUUGAUCAAGCAUUAUUUGAACAAAGAAGUUUGAAUAUCGAUUGGCCAACUCGUUUUGAUAUAUGCAUGGGAAUUGCAAGAGGUAUAGCUUAUCUUCACGAGGAGUCAAGGCUUCGAAUUGUACAUAGAGAUGUGAAGGCCAGUAAUAUUUUGCUCAACUCAGAAUUUAUCCCCAGAAUUUCAGAUUUUGGUUUAGCCAAACUUUACGAUGAUAAAAAGACACAUUUAAGCACCCGUGUUGCAGGGACAUAUGGGUAUCUUGCGCCGGAGUAUGCAAUGCGUGGACACCUUACAGAAAAGGUUGAUGUGUUUUCCUUUGGUGUUGUGGCUUUAGAGAUUGUAAGUGGCAGGCCUAAUGCUGACUCAAGCGUAGAAGAAGAGAAGCUAUAUCUUCUUGAAUGGGCUUGGCACCUACACGAAAAUGAACGUGAUAUCGAACUGGUGGACUCGAAAUUAUCUGAGUAUAGUGAGGAAGAAGUGAAACGAGUGAUUGGAGUAGGUCUUUUGUGCAGUCAGGCAUCACCAAUGCUAAGGCCAUCAAUGUCACGUGUGGUGGCAAUGCUUUCAGGAGAUGCUGAAGUGAGCACUAUAACUUCAAGGCCAGGAUACUUGAGUGAUUGGAAAUUCGAUGACAAAACCAGCUUUAUGAGUGAUGUUAAGACCGACAGAACUGAUACUGGCCUAUACAACAUUGCAACAAGCACAAGCAUGUUUGGUGAUUCACAACCUUCACCAGUGCUUGCAACUGUACCUAUGCUACAUGAUGCUGUUGGAGAAUAGACCACAAUUGGUUCUUGCUUUAUUUUCUUCUUUCUUUCUUAUGUAUCCUAGUUCUUUUUCUUUUUGAUGAUAAAUAAAAAAAAAAAAAAAAAAAAUUCUCAUAUUCUUUAACUCCGGAUCUUGUAUGUCAUAUCAUAUGGAGAUCCAGUUGCUUGUAUAUUACAAAUUCUCCUUUCUUUC